AGACCCCUGUUUUAAAGAGUCUUUCUUCCUUUACUCUGUAACAUUAUCAAUACCACUAACCAAAAGUAUUUGAGGGUAACAUAAAGUUAUUCAUUUCUCUGCUAUUCAUUUUGUAACGAGACCUGGAAGAAUUUAGAAUUAUCAGUAUUAUAAUGUUCAGCAUCAGUAUCAUAGAAUGCCUUGUAUCUGAAAAGCUAAUUACCAUUUUACAGUCUUGCCUUUGAAACUUUUCCAUGUUGCUUUGCUGAAAGAAUUGAUAGUCUCUGCAUUUUCUAAUAUUAAUUGUGGAGGUUUUAACAUAUUUGUUAGUAAUAUUUCUGGGGUAAAAUAUGGUAGAAAGUGUCUGAGCUACUCUUGCUUGAUCCAGAGAUUAUGUGGAGGUAAUAAUAUGAAGCCACUAGGAAACCUAUGUUUUGUUCCAUUGUUUUAUCAUGAAACUUCUGGAAUUCAUGAUCAAUACUUUUCUGCUUUAAUGCCAUUGUUUACUUUAGUUGGAAAGUCUUUCAUAAAACUUACCUAAAAAUGAGGACGUUUGAUACUAUUUUAGAUUUACCUUGAAGUUUUAUUUUAGGAAUAAUCUAAUCCUUCUUGUCCUUAUAAAUUCUGAAUUCAAAGGCAAUAUUUUAAUUUUCACAGAAAGAGUCUUGAAAGGCAAUAUAUUCCAUGUUUUUGCAGAUUUUUUUUAAGCAGCAGGUGAAUUUAAUCAAAUUUCUAUAGAAUUUUCAAUAUCAUACUAAUUUUGGCCUGUUUAAUAGCUUUGCUGCAUUAUUGCACCAUGUCUUUAAAUAUUAUCAAUGCAUAGGAGCAGUUUAUUAAAAUGUAGCUGUAUAUACCUUGGGAGGCUAUAUUAAAUUAUUAUUUUUCAAAUUACAUCUAUAUUUACCCAAAGGCAUUAGUUCUAGCUGUGGAAUUGAAAUUAAUUUAGAGUGAUAUCCCAAUAAAUGAGUGAUAUUCUAAAUAAGAUGCUUAUCUAUACAAUAUUAUAUACAUUAAAUGUUAAUGCUUACAGUUGCUAAGGUUUUCUGUAAAUUUUAUAAGCAAAUGUUCUGUAAAUGUACAUGUUAAUGAAAUUUGGCUGAAUUAUAGCUGCUGAGUUUGUAGUUCUUCAUCUGUCUUAGUUUAUAUCCUUAGUAUAUACCCCUGUUUGUAGUACCUUGCAUAUUGAUUGAUUGAUUGAUCACAUUUGUAUACCGCCCUAUCUCCCGAAGGACUCAGGGCGGUUCACAGGCAAAUAAAAACAUAUAAAUACAGAUUAAAAUAAGAAUUAAAAAACUUAUUCUAAAAAGGCCGAAUUGUUAAAACAAUAUAAAUAAUAAAACCCAUUUAAAACCAAUAAAUUUAAAAUCUAGUCCAGUCCUGCGCAGAUGAAUAAGUGUGUUUUAAGCUCGCGACGGAAGGUUCGGAGGUCCGGAAGUUGACGAAGUCCUGGGGGUAGUUCGUUCCAGAGGGUGGGAGCCCCCACAGAGAAGGCCCUUCCCCUGGGCGUCGCCAGACGACAUUGCCUCAUUCAUUGAUAUGAAAUCGAUUUAUAUUGGUUAUGGUCAUGCUUUCUUAAUUUAGCAUAUAAAUCUAUUUGUCAUGUAGUGUUUAGAUGUAGUAGAGACAAAACGAUAUAUUACCCUGAUACAUUAGCUUACAAUUCAGUGUAAAACUAGAUAUUAUUAAUUUUCAGAAUGUACCCUGGAUACUAACUAUUGUUUAAAUGGCUGAAUAAAUGCUCCCAGAAUGCACUUUUUAAAUGUUGUAGGAAUUAUAAAACAGUUGAGAAAAUUUCAUAAGACUUCAAAAUAAAUUAUGCAGUCCCUUAGUUUAUCUCAUUAAGCAUGUUCUUUAACAUCACAAGUUGGUGUAUUGGGCUUUUUACAUACUUUGUGAGUUUUCUCUCUUAACUUUUAAAAUGCUUUGUCAAUAAUUCCAAAAGUGUACAUUCUUAAACCUUGUUAUAUAAGCCACAUCAUUGUUUAGACACCUCACAGUACCAGGAGGGUCAAAAUACAUGUCUGUUUUACCUCCUUUUGAAUUGUAACCAGCUUUGAGAGAACCCUUACAUGACUUUAAGAGUCGUAGUGGGUAGGGCACAAAUUAAAUGGAGAAGCCUAUAGAGCCAUGGUGGCACAGUAUUUUAGAAUGCAGUACUGCAAAUUAUUUCUGCUGACUGCCGGCUGCCAGCAGUUUGGCAGUUCAAGUCUCACCCGCUCAAGGUUGAUUCAGCCUUCUAUCCUUCUGAAGUCAGUAAAAUGAGAAUCCAGAUUGUGGGGGCAAUAUGCUAACUUUGUAAAUUGCUUAGAGAGAGCUGUAAAGCACUGUGAAGUGGUAUAUAAGUCUAAGUGCUAUUGCUAUUACAUGAUGCAGCUUCCAGCUUCUCCUAUAAUUUUGUCCUCGAUACAGAAUCAAAAUAAAAGCAUUUUAUGUGUAUUUAAUAGUGAAAUUUAAGUGGAAAAAUAAGUAUGGAGUAGUAAAGAUUCCAAUUGUAUAAGACCUUUCAAGAAAAAAUGAGACUUCCAAAUCUUUUGUUCUGUCUCUAAACUGUACUAAACACUAAACCAAUCCUAAUUUGGAAAAAAUGUGGAUAUUUCCACUGAAGCAUUUGAACAACCAAUCACUAUGAUGUAUAAACUGAUAUAUAAAAUUUACCUGUUUCACUAGGAGAGGUCUGUUCACUGCUCAGAGUUUUCCCCAUUCCAAUAUUGCACUUUGCUCCCUCAGCUUUUAGGAGGACAAUUAUAUUAUUAAAUAACAUUUCUUAAGUAACAUUUAUAACCAAAAUGAUACCACCAGCCAUUUUCAGGAGGACCUCUAUAUUUGCAAUAGUUUUUAUUAUGUGUUUAUAAAUGUAUAUGGUACAUUUCUAUGUAAAAUAUGGCAAAAUUCUUAAUGGAGAAAAGGUCUCAAAGAAAGGAAAAAUUUGGAUUAUGUGAAAUAUAAUGAAAUGUGUUAGAAAAAGCCAUGAACCAAAAACUCAUUGCAGGGUAGAUUUGUCUUUUUUUUUCAGCCUAGAACUAUUUUUGGGAUUAUUUUUGGACUUUCUUUGAGAACCUAGUAUGUUUUUAUUAAACAUUGCAAUUUAAAAUAAAAAUGAAUGUAAACUAAGAAAAAGAAAAGAUGAAAAAGGAAAAAAAGGAUGAAAAAGUAGAAAAAAGAAAGAAAAAAGAAUAAUAUAGUAAAAGAAGAGAAAAAUAUAUAAAUAAAUGAUUUUCCCCUUUAUCAUAACAUACAUAAACAAUUUUAGCAACUUACCAUCUUCUCUAAAAAUAAAAUAAACAAUAUUCCCAUAUCACAUCUCUUAUCUAUAAACAAAUCCUUAAAAUCUUGUCAUUCACCCUAGUCAGCAAAAGUCCAUUAAGGAUUACAAGAGAUAAAAAUGUAUGUAUUUUAACCUUGAACAAGUAAACCAACUUUAUAUUCCUUCCUUUUAACAAUUUUGAUCAGGAAUGGGCAAUUAAUUUUCCCAAGGGGCCAUAUGCGAAACUGGAACUGUUGUGGAGGGUUGAACAAGUAGAGCUGCAGCUGCUGUUUUUUCAAGCCAGCGCUGUCUGAAGUUGUUUCCACUAUCAGUGUGCUUUGCACAACUGUGAGCUAUCAUGGCAUAUAAAACAAACCAUAGUUGCCACAAAAGCAGAACUGGAAGCCACAAAUGGUGUGAGCCAUAUGGGCAUUUAAGAGAGAAGACAGCAAUAGCAGUAACAUCUAAAGGGUUCUAUGGGCUGGAAGAUGAGAAGGGAACAGCUUGUACUUCAACAAGGCGUCGUUCUACACCCCGCAGUUUAGCAGGCUUGACUACAGGCGUGUUUGAAUCCGUAAUGGUUCAGGUUCUGAGACAGGAAGAACAACUGAAAGCAAAAGAAGAAAAGAGACUUCGAGAACAAGAAAGAAAAGAGGCAGAAGAAGCUAGUCAAAAAGAAGUAGAAGAAUGGGAGAAGUCUCUUCUGUCUCAAGCAGCACCUACUCAAAUGGAAAACAUGUGGGAAAUUCCAGCUAUUGGCCAUUUUCUUUGUUUAGCACAACAUAUUUUAAAUUUGCCUGAAAUAGUAUUUUAUGAAUUGGAACGCUGUCUUUUGAUGCCUCAGUGUAGUCCAUUUUUGUCUAAAAUAAUGACUUCUUUGUUAAGUCCUCCCCAUCGAAGAUCUACUUUGCAUCGAAGACCAAGUUUACCUUACAGGACUUGGGAAGCAGCACUUAGACAGAAAGUACAACAGUGGUAUACAGUGGUUGGGCAAACUGAUAAUCCAGACAGUUGUGCAGAAAAACUUGGCCUCUGUCCUCAGUUUUUCAAAGUUCUUGGAGAAGUCAAUCCUUUGGAGGAAAAACCAUUUCAUGAUCUUCCAUUUUGUCAGAAGGUAUGGUUGCUUAAAGGCCUCUGCGACUUCGUAUAUGAAACUCAAAAGGAUGUACAGGAUGCAGUGCUUGGUCAACCUAUUCAUGAGUGCAGGGAAGUGAUUCUGGGUUAUGAUUACUUAGAACAUGCCUAUGUUCACUUCCCACAAUUCUGUGGUGCAGACGUACGGAUUUAUAAGCAAAAGCCUUUUCAUGCCCCUGAAUUUCCCAUUCCUCCAAUUAAAGUAAAAAGAGUACCACGCAUUAAACUGGAGAAGGUGAAAUGCGAGUAUGGCACCAAAAGCAAUGGGGAAAUUAGAUUUGAUGCUAAAGAGAUGUUGCCCCAUGCAAAACAAGAACCUGGAAAAAAUCUUUGCUUGGCAAAGGUUCACUUGAAUCUCUUGAAUGUUAUACCAGAACCUGAAAUUAAAUAUAAUUGCGAAGAAAAACCACAUAAGGAUUGUGACUUUAUAAAAGAUUGCUGUAAAGAAAAUCAAGAUAAAGGCAUUGUUUCAGAAGAUGGUUUGGGGGAACCUCUUAGCCCAGGAGAAAUCAGGAUUUUAGAAAACAAAGAAAAAUAUGGUGAAUCUUCAGUUGUCAAACUUGAGGAAAUCCCAUUAAAAGAAAACACACUUAAAACAUGCCAGAUGCAUGUGAAUGGUAAUCAGACUGACAAUGCAGACUUUAAUUGUCACAAAGUUGCUAAAGAAGUGACUUCAAAGAAUUCGGUAGAACAGAAAACACUAAUGUUUAGUAACAUAAGAGCAAAGAAGAAGAAGAAGAAGAAAAAGAAAUUGAAAGAUAUUUUGAAUGAAAGCCUUCAGAGAAAACGUGAGAUUCAUCUCCACUCAUUAAAAUCUUAUAAGCCUGAGAUCCAAAAUAAAUUACUCAUGAUAAAAAAGAAAGCCAAACACAAGAAGCACAAAUCUGGAAAGAAAUCCAUAUCUAAAAAAGCAGUUACAAAGAAAAGGAAAUCUAUUACAAAGCCUAUUGUCCCAGAAUUCCAGCUUAUUUGCACUAAUCUUGAUGAACUCAGGGAAUUAAUUAGAAAAACUGAGAAUGAACUCAAAGAUAUUGAGCAUAUUAAAAAGAAAUCGGGAAGAGGGUAUCAUCGAAAGCAAGCUGUAAAGGAGCUCCACUGUACUUUGAUAAGACUGUUAAAUGAGUUAUUACCAUGGGAACCAAAAUUAAUAAAGGCAUUUCAUAGAAACAGGUCUCGCUUAAAAAAGGACUAUGAUGACUUCAGACGGCAACCGGAUCAUGAUAAAUUUAUUAGAGAACAGUGGAUUAAUGAGGACAGUGAAAUAAAUAUUGUCAAAGAAAUUUCCAGUACAUUUACCAAUGAAACGUCAGAACACACAGAAUUUUUUAAAAGAGACUAUAUAGAUACGGAAGACAUGAACUCACCAGAAAUGGACCUUGGUACAGGAAAAUCCAGACUGCUUAAAAAAGAUUUGACUUGUAAAGAAAUGCAGAAGAUAGUGCCUAAAUCUAUUAAACGCCAAUCCAAGCAAAACUAUUACCUAGAUGACAGCACAAAUGAUUUUUUACCAAGGAAAAAGCUAAAAUUAAGCACAAAUGAUGCUACCAUCCAUAAUAUUGAAAAAGAUCUGUCAACUGAGAGCUGCUUGAAUAGGCAGAUAGAAUCUUCAGCUUCAGAAUCAUCGGACAUGACAGACUCCACAGCAUAUGUACCACAUUUAAUAAAAGGGACCAAACCUAUCCAGGCCUUGCUUGCUAAGAAUAUUGGGAACAAAGUGGCCUUAACAAGUCAGUUGCCAUCUACAGUAGGUAGAAGCACUUUUACUUCUGAAAAACUGAUUAUAUCAACAGUCAGUUCUUCUCCAAUUAAACCAGAAUUGACUUGCCAGACCAGUUCAAAGAGUUCUUUGCAAGUGUUGUACAAAAUGCCAACUGGCCAUUGCAUGCCAGUAGACUUGCACAAUAAUUCAGUCAAGAUUCAGAUGCAGCCUGUAGUUGAUGGUAAGUCAGGCGAAAAAAACACAGGAGAGAAAAUUAUGCAGCAAGUCCUUAUUUUGCCUAAAAAUUUUCUUAUCCAGCACAGAGAAAGUAAAAGUGGAGCAAAAGAAAACCAACCCUUACAGCAAAAUACAAUUGAACAACAAUGCAUUUCUCUUCCACAAUCAACAGAUACCAACACUACUUUAGUCCCUUCUAUUCCAGCUUCUUCAAUAAAUGCUGCUACUACACUUCUGCCUAACACAAAUGUUAAAAAAAAUAUUAUACAGUUGCCACAAGGGCCUGAUUCAGUGAAUAGAAUUUCGCUGCUGCCCUCUGUCACUUCUAAUAGUAACACAUUAGCAUCAGUAGUGAAAAUGAACCAAAGCGAGACUGUAAAAAUUACCAAGACUAUCGUUUCGGCUGCCUCCUCCCCUGUUGCUUUACCUAUUGUUUCUUCAGCAGUUCAGACUUUGACAACAGUAUCACAGAGUGUGACCUCUUACACCAGUUCCUCCUCACAAAAUACUGCUGAUAUUAGUGAAACAAAACAAGAGCUGAAAACAAUCUGCAUAAGAGAUUCACAGUCUAUCCUUGUCAGGACACGUGGUGGGAACACAGGAAUCGUAAAAGUGCAAACAAAUUCAGAACCAAUUUCUGCUAGUAACUUCUCUCCAAGUUCUGUUUUUACAUAUGCACCCCAUCUUCAAGCAUUUUUAAUGCCCAAAUCCACACAGUUAUCAACUUCUACUGUUUCAGCUGUGACAAAAGCGAUACCUAGCUUCCCAACGCUUGCUCAAAUGUCUCCAGCAACUUCUUCUAUCCCAACUAUUUCCUCUUGUGCAAAUCCAAAAAAGGGGAAAAACACCACAGUCACAUUUGGGCAUUCUCAUAAUAGUGGUGUGGUGAAUCAAGGAGUGUCAAAAACUCUACAUGGAUCCUCCUCUCCAUUCUUAUCUUCCAUGUCGUCAAAUAUUGUCAUGACAACUCCACCAAACAGUUCUGGUAAUGCAGUGAGCUUAUCUACAGAAAAUGUUGGGCAGAGUUCCACGUGUUGUACUACCCAGGCUUCUUUUAUUAAUCCACAAGUCAAUGUAAAUAAUGCAAAAUAUUCUGUUGCACAGCCUGAAGUCACUUCCAUUACCAGCAGGGGUCUGGGUAGUGCCCAAGUUCAAAAACUUAUGUUAGUCACAAAUCCUUCACUUCUUCCUGUGUGUGGAGCUACAGGAGUCAACUUAAUUCCUACUCCAACAUCCACCGGUGUUAGUGCGCAGAAACUGGUUUUCAUUAAUACUCCACUUGCCAGUAUUCAAUCAAAUGCAAAUGUAACAACAGAACCGCUUAAACAGACUUUCCCUCCUUCCAUUGGUAAGACAUAUGUUAAAAGCACAGAGAAACCUCAACUCGUCCUUCUUCCAUCUACUGUGGGAUCAUCGUUAAAAGUAAAUACGUCGCCAACUGUUUCUCAAGUAAAAGAUGUAAAAAUAGGUCUUAAUAUUGGUCAGGCCUUUAUAAAUAGCACGGGCAAUGCUCAGAAUGUUUCAACAGUUAACAUUAUGCAGUCUACAGCACCAAAAGAUUUGGAAGACAAAAAUAAUCAUAAGGUAAUUUUCCCAUUAUCAACCAGUAGUAGUUUAGUUCCUGUAUGUUCAAGUUUGGCAUGUCAAAGCAUUGCAGCAAAAGCAGUAAAUACCAUUACAGUAACCAGCAGCCCAUGUUUAGACCCUACUUCUGUGACACUGAGUGGAACUACUACUGGAACACGCCCUACAAUUUUGGCUGGUGGAAUGGAACCCCCAGCAAAAAUAAUACCAGUUUUAACUACACGGCUGUCCUCCUCUAAUAUUGGAAGUACUAUGGCUAUAUCGACUGUGAAAACAGGGCACCUAGCUUCAUCUGUACUGAUUUCUACUGCUCAACCAACAGUUUCUCAUUCAAGUUUAUCAUCUGCAUUUCAGUUGCCAGUAACAGUUUCUUUGCCUGGACCAGUGAAUGGUGUCCCUAAAAUGUUGCAUACAGUCCCUCAAUUGCCAGCAAUUCCACCUACUUCACAAUGUGCGCCCCAUUCAAAAAGUCAACAAUCCACACUAGCUCAGUUUCAGCCUGCGGGACUUUCAGCUGGAGUGCCAACAAAUGGAAGUACCCCAAAACUUCAAAAAGCAUCCCCAAAUGCAAGUAAAGUGAUUAAUUUUUCUAAUUUAGUUCCUCUGCCUUGCCCACCAGUGCCACUUAAUGUAAAGCCAGCUUCAGCUUUCUCCUGUGCUCCUGGUACCACUACAAUUCAGACUGUUCCAUCCUCAUCAUCAGUAGUUAAUAAUGUAGGCAGCCAAUUAAAUGAAUCCCUUAUCCAGCAGAAAAUAAUAAUUAACACCUGUACACCUUUGGCACCUGGAACUCAGAUAAUGAUCAGUGGUACUCGUUUUGUUGUUCCAUCUCAGGGCCUUGGAGCUGGCAGUCAUGUUCUUCUCAUUUCUGCAAAUCCAAAAAUUGGACCUCUCUUAACUGUUAGUAAUGGCCAUGGAUUUCAAGGUGUCUCAUUCGCUGCUCCUACUCCCCAGAAGACUACACAAGUAAUGGGUAAUUCCUUAAGCUGGCAGCCAUCAAAACUGCCUUUAAAAAGCUCUACCAAAAUUGUGAACUCUCUUGGGAUUGCAAAUCCUGUGCCUAUUGUUCAUGCUACUCCACAAAUAAUUGCCAAUACUUCAAAGUCAGGCACUCCAUCUUUUGCAACAACACUGUCUACAUCUUUAGUAAUGGUCACCUCAUCUUCUACUCAAACUAAAACAACUUUAGCUCCUGCAACCCAUACUAGUACCUCACAGCUACAAAACAGUAAGUCUGUAUUGCACCUAGAUACAUCUAUUAAAAAACUGAUGGUCAGCCCUGAAGGAGCCAUUUUGAAUGCUAUAAAGACUCCAACAUCAGAAACGUCAUCUCUGUCUUCAUCCUUCUCUGCUGACCUUAUUUCUACAACUAAGAAUUCUGCUGUUGUCUUCCCCAGUUUUCUGAACUCCAGCAUAGGUGUCCCAGACACAGCUGCAUCUUGAAUUUCACGUAAAUGAGCCGUUGAAAUGUUGGGGCAUUUGUAUGUGUGCGUGCGUGUGUAUGUAUAUAAAAUUAAUUUAUAAUUGUUUUUUUAAAGUACACUGUUUGAAACAUCUGACUUAUGUCCAUGAACCCAAGGCAUGUAAUGGCAUGUUUUGAGCAGAUGAAGCAAUGAAGCAAAAAAAUAUUUUUGCAUAUCAUUGAGAAUUCAUGAGUGGAAGGGAUCCAGGAUGACAGUAGAUAGCAGCUACACAGUUUGCCGUUAACAACAAAAUGUUACCUGUUAACAUGUUAAAACAUCUGUCACAUCUCAAGAAUUUGUGUACACAAAGGCAUCAUUGGUUUUUUUUAAAAAUUCAUGUUAGAUUGAGAAUCAUUUUGGAUUUCCUUUUUUCAAAAAAUGGUGAGAAAGCACUUCUUGAAAUAUCUUUCAGAGCAAAACUUUUAAAGGCUUUUAUUAAACUGGGAGAAAAACUGUUCAGAGAGAUAGAAAGCAAAGUUUGGUUCUUGGUUAGCACAUUUACUGGGAUCUGUUCUUUCUCAUAAUUUAGAAAUUUUCUAUUUUGUUUUCAAAUAUUCCCAUGUUCUAUACUGAUGUGUUGUAAAAAUGCAAUCUAUGGUGUAAAAUUGUACAUAAUCCCAAUUCCUUAACAGUAUGGACUAAACCAUGUGUAAAAAGAACUACUCUGUCUUAUUUAUGUUUUGUUUACAUAAUGUAUAGUUUUUUAAGUAUUUUAGUAAUUUUGGAUAAGUGUACUGUUUAGCAAUAAUGCAGAAGGAUCUGUAUGUAAUAAACAAAGUUGCUGUAUUUCUGCUUCAUGAUACUCUGUGGAGAAAGGAUAUUUGUCAGUAAGAUAUCUGUAUACUUGCA